UGGCAGCGGUGGCGGUGGGAUCCCGGUGACCCGCGGAGGGGUGCCUCAACCAUGACUGCGGAGCUGCAACAGGACGAUGCGGCCGGAGCGGCGGACGGCCACGGCUCGAGCUGCCAAAUGCUGUUAAAUCAACUGAGAGAAAUCACAGGCAUUCAAGAUCCUUCCUUUCUUCAUGAAGCUUUAAAGGCCAGUAAUGGUGACAUCACUCAGGCUGUCAGCCUGCUCACUGAUGAGAGAGUUAAGGAGCCCAGUCAAGACACUGUUGCUACAGAACCAUCUGAAGUAGAGGGGAGUGCUGCCAACAAAGAAGUAUUAGCAAAAGUGAUAGACCUUACUCAUGAUAACAAAGAUGAUCUUCAGGCUGCCAUUGCUUUGAGUCUGCUGGAGUCCCCGAAAAUUCAAGCGGAUGAAAGAGAGCUUAACAGGAUGCAUGAGGCAAUCUCUGCAGAAAUUAAACGCUCAAAGAGAAAACGCUGUGAAGUCUGGGGAGAAAACCCCAAUCCCAAUGACUGGAGGAGAGCUGAUGGUUGGCCAGUUGGGCUGAAAAAUGUUGGCAAUACAUGCUGGUUCAGUGCUGUCAUUCAGUCUCUCUUUCAGUUGCCUGAAUUUCGAAGACUUGUUCUCAGCUAUAAUCUUCCACAAAAUGUUCUUGAAAAAUGCCGAAGCCACACGGAAAAGAGAAAUAUCGUCUUUAUGCAAGAGCUUCAGUAUUUGUUUGCUCUGAUGAUGGGAUCAAAUCGAAAAUUUGUAGACCCUUCUGCUGCCCUGGAUCUGCUAAAGGGAGCAUUCCGAUCCUCAGAGGAACAACAGCAAGAUGUGAGUGAAUUCACACACAAGCUCCUGGAUUGGUUGGAGGACGCAUUCCAGCUGGCUGUUAAUGUUAACAACCCUAGGAACAAAUCUGAAAAUCCCAUGGUGCAGCUAUUCUAUGGUACUUUCCUGACUGAAGGGGUUCGUGAAGGAAAGCCCUUUUGUAACAAUGAGACCUUUGGCCAGUAUCCCCUCCAGGUAAACGGUUAUCACAACUUACACGAAUGUUUGGAAGGGGCCAUGGUGGAGGGUGACAUUGAGCUUCUUCCUUCUGAGCAUUCUGUGAAGUAUGGACAAGAGCGUUGGUUUACAAAACUACCUCCAGUAUUGACCUUUGAACUUUCCAGAUUUGAGUUCAAUCAGUCCCUUGGGCAGCCAGAGAAAAUUCAUAAUAAGCUGGAAUUUCCUCAGAUUAUUUAUAUGGACAGGUACAUGUACAGGAGCAAGGAGCUUAUUCGAAAUAAGAGAGAGAGUAUUCGAAAGUUGAAGGAGGAAAUAAAAGUUCUGCAGCAAAAAUUGGAAAGGUAUGUGAAAUAUGGCUCGGGCCCCACUCGGUUUCCACUUCCAGACAUGCUGAAAUACGUUAUUGAAUUUGCCAGUACAAAACCUGCUUCAGAGAGCUGUCCAUUGCAAAAUGACACAUGUAUGAGGUUACCACUUCCUUCAAUGCACUGCCCGGUUUCUGACCUGACAUCUAAGGAAAGUACAAGUCCAGAAUGCUCUUCUCAGGAUGUUGAAAGUACCUUUUCUUCUCCUGAAGACUCUCUACACAAGUCUGAGGUAGCAAGUAGGCCCCUAACUUCCCCUCGGUCUUCCCUGGGAAUGCCUGCACACCCAGCUCCUCGAACAGUCACGGAUGAGGAAAAGAACUUUGUUAAAACCUGUCUUCAGAGAUGGAGGAAUGAGAUUGAACAAGAUAUACAAGAUUUAAAGAGUUGUAUUGCAAGCGCCACCCAGACUAUUGAGCAGAUGUACUGUGAUCCUCUCCUUCAGCAGGUGCCUUAUCGCUUACAUGCAGUUCUUGUUCAUGAAGGACAAGCAAAUGCUGGACACUACUGGGCCUAUAUCUAUAAUCAACCCCGGCAGAUCUGGCUGAAGUACAAUGAUAUAUCUGUUACUGAAUCUUCCUGGGAAGAACUUGAAAGAGAUUCCUAUGGUGGCCUGAGAAAUGUUAGUGCUUACUGUCUGAUGUAUAUUAAUGACAAGCUACCCCACUUUAAUGCAGAGGCAGCCCCAAAUGAAGCAGAUCGGAUGUUAGGAGAAGUAGAAGCACUGUCUGUUGAACUCAAACAUUACAUUCAAGAAGAUAAUUGGCGGUUUGAGCAGGAAGUAGAAGAGUGGGAAGAAGAACAGUCUUGCAAAAUUCCUCAAAUGGAAUCCUCCACCAGCUCCACAUCACAGGAUUUCUCUACCUCACAAGACCCUCCAGCAGCCUCUUCUCAUGGGGCUCGCUGCUUGUCAUCUGAGCAUGCUGUGAUUGUGAAGGAACAAACAGCCCAGGCAAUUGCAAACACAGCACAUGCCUAUGAAAAGAGUGGUGUAGAAGCAGCACUGAGUGAGGUGAUGCUGAGCCCUGCCAUGCAAGGGGUCAUCCUGGCCAUAGCUAAAGCCCGUCAGACCUUUGACCGAGAUGGGUCUGAAGCAGGGCUUAUUAAGGCAUUCCAUGAAGAAUACUCGAGGCUCUACCAGCUUUCUAAAGAGACACCUACCUCACACAGUGACCCUCGACUCCAGCAUGUCCUUGUCUACUUUUUCCAAAAUGAAGCACCCAAAAGAGUAGUAGAACGAACCCUUUUGGAACAGUUUGCAGAUAAAAAUCUUAGCUAUGAUGAAAGAUCAAUCAGUAUUAUGAAGGUGGCUCAGGCUAAACUAAAGGAAAUUGGUCCUGAUGACAUGAACAUGGAUGAGUAUAAGAAGUGGCAUGAAGAUUAUAGUUUGUUUCGAAAGGUGUCUGUGUAUCUCCUGACAGGACUGGAACUCUAUCAAAAAGGAAAGUACCAAGAAGCACUGUCCUACCUGGUGUACGCCUACCAGAGCAAUGCUGCUCUGCUAAUGAAGGGGCCCCGCAGGGGGGUGAAGGAGUCAGUGAUUGCUUUGUACCGAAGAAAAUGCCUUCUGGAGCUGAACGCCAGAGCGGCUUCUCUCUUUGAAACAAAUGACGACCACUCUGUAACAGAAGGCAUUAAUGUGAUGAAUGAGUUGAUAAUUCCCUGCAUUCACCUUAUUAUUAAUAAUGACAUCUCCAAGGAUGAUCUGGAUGCUAUUGAAGUCAUGAGAAAUCAUUGGUGUUCUUACCUUGGACAAGAUAUUGCAGAAAAUCUGCAGCUGUGCUUAGGGGAGUUUCUGCCUAGGCUUCUGGAUCCUUCUACAGAAAUCAUCGUCUUGAAGGAGCCUCCAACUAUUCGACCCAAUUCUCCUUAUGACCUUUGUAGCCGAUUUGCAGCUGUCAUGGAGUCAAUUCAAGGAGUUUCAGCUGUGACUGUGAAAUAAGCUCACUUAUGUUCAAGGCUUGCUGUGGUCUCUGGCUGCCUACCUAUUAUGGUCAGAGUCACACUCUUCACCUGGGGAAAGGGAUUAAGUGGUCGAGUAAUAUUCAGUUUCACACCCCACCCAUGUUGUGCAUUUAAAGAAGGAUUAAAGAUAAAAUUGCACUUUUUAGGUACAGAAUCAUGAAAGCUAUUUCACCAAGAUAAGACAGGAACCAGGUAUUAAAGUAUUGAAUUAUGCCUGAAGACCUGAAAUGCCUUUGAACUAUAAUGCUUGGGCUUUUCUAAGCCUCUUGUCUCUUUUCAAAUUAUUCUAAAGGCCUAAAUAUUUUUGACAGCAGAACAUAAGAGUGACUCAUCAGACCCCCAAACCAAAUGAACAGCUACUAUUUUAUCAAAUCCAAAUGACAUUUAAAAAUGCUAAACUACAAGAAAGUAGUAAUGUUGCUUGGCUUUUGACAGGGGAUGAUAAAAUGUGUUGCUGAUGAACCUCUCUACCCUUUUACAUGAGGGUAGAAUAUAAGGUCACAUGGCAGUAAGAUGCCAAAAAGUCAAAGGAAAACUGCCUCUCCUUCCUUUCUUCUCUGUCUUUUAAAUUUUUAAAUAAACCAGAAAACCUCAUACUCAGUCCUGAGAGAAUGAAAGAAAAGCAAUUGAGGACUUUGACAGAAUAGCAUUGUGAAGCUUGAUUAAAGAUAGCGUUUUUAAUAGUUGUUAAACAUUUAUUAGGCAGAGUUUUCUGGUAUCUGAAAAUUGUCAAGAAGGAUUGUCUAAGGCUGCUGCCUAAGACUAUAAUAGAACACUUUGUUUGAUUCCUCUCUUUUUUUUGCUUUUAAAAACUAAGGGAUGUGGAUUUGUAAAAAGAAAAAGAAUAUCUAUCUAUCUAUAUAUAUGUAUAUGUAGAGAGAAAACUGUUUUUAAAGGACUUUUAAUUGGGAAUUAUGUUUUAACAAAUUUUAAAAAUUAAGGGAGGAAUCAUGGGAGGGAAGAACACUUAAUACAACUAUGCAGAUUUUAUAAAUGUGCAAUAAAGUAUUUGUUUUACCUUU